UCCACCCGAAAGCAUUAUUCGGGCCGCGUCCUACUGCUGUAUCCUUGCACGGAUCGUUCAUUAUCAACGCAAUCAACCCUCAACGACACCCACCCAAAAUUCUACCUCUUCGGACCUGGUAAUCUGUACCGGUGAACCGCGUGGACUCCUGUGGUGACGCCAGCGCAGAAGUCGAGUGCGCUCCCUUCAGAUCGACGGUUGCACUGCGACCGUUUUUUAGGGAGGCCACGAGAUCCAAUGUCGUCGUCACUGCUGCUGCCACUGCUCUUCAUAGGCUGUUCGUCGUUCUACGGUCAGUGUGCUACCAUAUCGAUCACUCCAGGAGGCACCGCUUUUCAGGAUGCUCUCGAUGUGGUCAACCCUGGUGACGUCAUCGAGCUCUCGAACGGAGACUACUGGGAAGAUCUCAAGACACGAACCGAUGGAACGGCUGACAUGCCCAUCACCAUCCGCGGCGCUGGAGGGACGGGCGACAAAGAAAACGUCGUUCUGCGCGGCGCUGGCACUAGCACCAGGGUAUUAGAAAUCAAGCACGACUACUACAUCGUCGAGGACUUCACGGUAAACGGACAUGCGGAAGGUGAUCCAGACCGUGAUGCGGAUUCCGAUUCUGCCCAAGAUAUGUGGCGCGACGUACUCAUCUACGCCGUCGCCAACCGGGAGCCCACCGAAAGGGCUGGGGGCUAUAUUUCUGCGAUAGACGGUCUUGUGAUUCGCAACAUGGCGGUUACCAACGCCGGUGGCGAGUGCAUCCGCUUGCGCGACCACGUGACGAACGCCGAGGUGUAUAGCAACCACAUCACCGACUGCGGAAUCUACGACUUCAGGGAGGACGGCGACGGCAAGAACGGGGAAGGUGUAUAUGUCGGAACCUCGAGCAAGCAGUGGGACAGUGAUAAAAAUUGGGAUGACGUACCAGACGUGUGCAUGGGCAACAUCAUCCGUGGCAACUACAUCAGGACUAGGGGUAAUGAAGGUAUUGACGUUAAAGAAGGAACCGUUGACACCCUGAUCGAGUACAACGAGGUGUACAUGCAAUACGACGACGACUCCGGAGGCAUCGGAAGCCGUGGUGACCGGAGCAUCAUUCGCUACAACCACAUUGAAGACACGGACGGCGCGGGUGUCCGUCUAGGAGGCCACACCGUCGACGGCAUCGAGUACGGAAAAAAUAACCAGGUAUACGGAAAUACCAUGGUCGACUGCCGGCAUUCCGCCGUAAAGGUCAUGGUCGACCCCCAGGGUCAGAUCUGCAACAACGACGUCACACUUCCUGAUUACGUUGACGAGGACGACUACAAAUACUCCGGAGGAAACUUCUACUACGACCCGUUGAAACCCUGUGACUCUUCGCCCACGCCGGAGCUCGGGCCAACCCCUACACCGGUGACCCUAUCACCGGAGGUAACACCCGAGCCAACGACCGAGUCACCAACGAUCGAGGCGCCAACGCCUGAGCCAACGCCCGAGCUAACGCCCGAACCAACGCCUGAGGCCACCCCUGAAACCCUUCCAAACGGAAUGGCAACGUUACAAUAA